AAUAUUCAUGACAAUGUAUCAUUAAUUUCGUAUCACCCACGUGGCCUGGUGGUUGUGUGUCUUUUGGUAGAAGUUGAUGAAAUGGUGCUGCUAAGGCUACUCCAGGGGAGAUGGGGGUGUGUGGAGGUCACUCUGGUCAGAAACAUCAUGAGACGGAGGGCUCUCACAACUGCAUCACAUGACUCUCAUCCUGAGCCCAAGUCAGAGGAGGUGAGGGUGGAGCCAUCAGAAGAAGAAUUGUCUGGGGCGGAGCCGUGGAUGGUGGACGAGCUCCAGCGCUACUAUCAGGGUCGCAGGAGAUUGGCCGACAUGAUGGGGGUUCCCCCAAACAAGUUCACCGAUAAGGAUGUGGAGGAUGCUCUACGCUAUCUGUUACCAUCCCGACUAUUUGCCAGGGAUGCACGGCCAUCUAUGAAGCAUCCAUUCAAAAUCUUCCCAGAGAGAAAAGAGGCAUUGUUCGGUAGGAAGGGACGUCCAUUGGAUGCUGGUUUCUACACUGGUUCCCCUGCAUAUCAUUCGUUAGUUUACCAGAUCUUUGAGAAGGGGGCGGAGUUAGCUGCAUCCGUGGAGGUAGCAAAGGAAGUGAAGGAGUUAUUGGAGGCGACAGAGAAAGAGACUAAAGAUGAGUCAGCAGAUACCUCAAGCCCGAAUGACAUAACAGAGUUACCAGAUAAAGAGGCGGAGUUAUCCCCCACCACACAACCAGAGGAGAGUGAGGAAGAGACAUUAUCAUUAUCAAAUGAUGUGCAUAAGACUUGGAUCAAGAAGGACGCAAUGGAGAAUGUUAUUGCAGAGGAGCUCUCUGACAAACAGUACACUGAUCUGAUUGGACGCCUCUCAGCACUGGCCUCCCAUUCUAAGAGCUCAACAAUCUCAUCAUUUCUCGAUACCUAUCGUCAGCCUAUAUUUUCCUAUCGCUCCAUAAGUCACGCCCCCACUCCUUCGGCAGAUGGCUCUGUGCUAGCUGUCGGGAAGAGAAAGACAGCAACAGCUGUGGUCACUCUGCGUCCGGGGGCAGGGGUCAUCUCUGUCAACAAGAAGACGUUUGCUGAUUACUUCCCUCGGGCGGAGGACAGACAUCAGGUGCUCUACCCGAUGCAGGUGACGGAACUGUUGGGAAAGUAUGACAUCACUGCCACUGUGAGAGGAGGUGGAGCUACAGGUCAGUCUGGUGCCAUGCGUCUGGGCAUCAGUAAAGCACUGCUGGGGUUUCCUGGUAGCCAUAGCGAUGUGCUGGAGUCGAAGGGGUUGUUGGUGAGGGAUCCUCGCAUGGUGGAAAGGAAGAAACCUGGUCAGAAGAAAGCUAGGAAGAAGUUCGCUUGGGUUAAGAGAUAGCCAGCUUUACACUCGAAAGACUGUCACUGUCUGUACAUUUUAUGUGUCCUAGGUUAAGAGAUAGCCAGCUUUAUACUCGAAAGACUGUCACUGUCUGUACAUUUUAUGUGUCCUAGGCUCCUAGCUAUAUAUUAUAGAUAGUAAUGCAAAGUUAUUUAUGCAAAUUCCAUUCAGAUCGAUAUUGUCACAUGAGUUGUCACAUGAGUUGCAGAAAUAAUUCAAUUGCCAAUAACAUC